GCGAAAGUAAAACCCCUCGGACGCGGCGAGUGUCGUCGCACGCGAUUUUACCAGUGUUUAAUGGCGUAAUACGCGCCGCGCCGAUUGCGCCUACCUUGCGAGAAUUCCUCGCGUGGAAAGCGCGCGCGCCUCAUCCCGAAGCUAAACGCGAAGCUAAACAGUGCCUUCCGCUUAAAUUAGAAAGAAACGCGAUUAAGUCGGCUCUUUAAGCGGAAACGGCGAUCCAAAGUGGAGUAGAGUCGCGGAGGGAAGCCGCGAGGCACCCGCUCCCGGCCGGGCUUGUCGGCCUAAACGCGAUGGGUGGACACAAAAGUCAUUUUGAUCCAGCUGCUAACUGAAUCGCGUGUUGGUGAUGCUUUCUACUGUCACAUGUCACAUGACUAAGUGCGCGAUUGACCGCGUUUCAACGUCUCGUCGUCUCGUUAAAUGUCGCGGCCGGAUGACGGGUCCGCGCAGACCCCGCGAGUCUCUUCCCGCGGCCCGCCAAAUAGCAUAUUAAACAAGAAAAUUGUUUAUGCGAAUUACUGAAUGCGGCCUCAAUCGAGCGCCCGCUCGUAAUUCCCUUUGUUCAAAAUCGUCGAUCAUCGCGACGACGGCAAGUGUCGCGUUCAUCGCCGAAUGAUUGCUAUCAGCGGCUCCACCGACCGCCUGUGUCCACGGUUCAUUUUCUACCUUAGACGGGGGGGUACGUAAUGCGCGGAACGGCAAUUAACGAUACCGCCGAGGGAUUUUCCAAUUUCUUCGGGCUGCGCCUUCGCGAAUCGAGCACUGACGGCGAUCGGACAUGAAAAGUCAAACUGCCGCAGUUAACUGGAGCUUGUUCCAAUGUCCCUAUCGCUUUUUAGUCCUGUCCUCAAGAAACGAUACGUUAUAACAAUUUUGGCCCACUUCAACCACACUCUAUUUAAACUGCUCUUUCAAAGUUCGAUGGCUUCUCUUCUAACAUGCAGGCGCUUAACGGGAAAGUUGAGGAGAAUUAGACGCGUCUAAAGAAACGCUCGCUGUUUACAAUCGUGUAAGCAUAUAGGAAGCGGCUGGAAGCUGACAAAGUCAUACGUGGAAAUACGAAGAAAAGCAAAAGCCGUGGACAUGUUCGUCAGUCAAAGUUGGAUAGAAUCUCGACUGAAUAUGCCUGAAGAGAUUUUCGAGGAAGGCGACGAUUAUGUCAUACUUCCUCCGGAAUUUUUCGAUAAUCUCUGGCAACCGGAUCCAUAUUUUUUAAAUUCCAAAGUUUCCGAGAUCGCGACUCUAAGCCAUAAGUUCUCAUUGGUCACGUUGUACCGGAAUAAAACCAUUAAAUAUUCCGCACGCAUUAACGCUAUAGUCGCCUGCCAAAUGGAAUUCCAGUUGUAUCCGAUGGACAUUCAAAUCUGUCCAAUUUAUAUAGAGAGCUUUUCCUAUAACAACAAGAAGUUACGCUUAAAAUGGGGUGCGGGCGGUGUUACGGUGAAUCCUGAAUUGAAGCUUCUGCAAUACGACAUUGGGAGGCCUGCGGCACUCGAAGAAACUAUAGAUUAUAUGCUUGAGAAAAAUGGAAAUUUCUCGCGGCUGGUAGUUUUCCUUCGUUUCGAGAGGCAGAUCGGCCACCACUUGAUACAAACGUUCGCACCGUCGACUCUGGUGGUGAUGCUCUCCUGGUUCAGUUUCUGGCUGGGCUUGGACGCGAUUCCUGGUCGAGUGGCACUCCUGGUGACGAGUAUGCUCACGUUGGUGACGAUGUUUACCGGUCUUAAGAGCGACAUUCCACCAGUGGCGUAUAUCAAGGCAUUGGAUGUCUGGAUGGCUGGCUGCAUGAUGUUCGUGUUCGCAGCUCUGGGUGAAUUUGUCGUAGUCAAGGUGCUCGAUUUGCCACGCGACAAAAAUGAUUCGCAAGAUUCCAUGGAACCUCGCUCGGUCUCGCGAUUAACAGCGAUGGUGAAGAGACAUAGCAUUUGGGAUGAUGAAUUCGUUUACGCAGCCAAGCCGAAGAAUAAGCACGUCAAUAAUCAUCUACUGUCGACUCUAUGGCUAGAUCCCGAGUGUCAGAUAAUGCAAACGCACAAAACCCGCUCUCAGAAAAUAGAUUGUUACAGCAGAAUUGUGUUUCCUAUACUCUUCUUGCUCUUCAUCAUUCUAUAUUGGCCGAUAAUAUUGCUCAAAAGCGCCAUAACAAAAUGACAUGCGUCCUAUUGAAUCUUUAUUAUUCU